AUGGUGAUCGGGGCUGUGACAUCUCAGUGGUGUUCAUCAGGUGAUCUCUUGGAGAAGUCGGUUGCUUGCUUGUUGUUAAUGGUUCUUUUCAGCAACAAGAACAUUCCCCAAAGAAAAGAACAAUUUUUUAUCAACCAGGAAUCUUAUACGAACAAUACGCUUGAACAGUUUGGAAUGACUAAUUUUUCAGAUGCGAAGGUUCCUAUGACAUGUGACCCUCGCUUGAAUCUUUCGUUAGACAAACUUGAUGUUGAUGUGAAACCAUAUCAAAGCAAGAUAAUUUAUUUGUUACAUCUAAUUGCCAGUCAACCUGAUAUCAUGUUUUAUAUAUGUAAUUGUGCUAGGUAUCAAGCAAACCCAAGGGAAGCACAUCUCACUACUGUUAAAAGAUAUCUUUUGAUUCAAACACUUUCUAAUGCGGACUUUGGAGGAUGUCAACUUGAUCAAAAAAGUACAACUGGGGGCAGUUACUUUGUUGAUGGGAAGCUUGUGAGUUGGCAGUCAAAGAAGAAGAAAAGUGUAUCAAUAUCCACAUCUGGGGCUGAGUAUAUUGUUGGUGAUGUUUGUACUUUGGAAGUGAUCUAG